ACAUCUCGAAUAACCCGGAAGUGAAUUAUGGCUUUUCGGCUAGCUUUGCACGCGUAGUUGAAAUUCAAAUGCAACGUGUGGUUUUGUUUUUUUCGCAUUUUUAACAGGAUUCUUUUUUAAAAAGUACAUUGUUUUACAGUGGACUUCGUCUUGUUUUUAUGAGAGAUGGGAGUUCCGGCUUUUUUUCGCUGGCUGAGUCGGAAAUACGCCUCUAUUAUUGUGCACUGUGUCGAAGAAAAGUCAAAGGAAUGCAAUGGAGUUCGCAUACCUGUUGAUACCAGCAAGCCCAACCCAAAUGAGGUGGAGUUUGACAACUUGUACUUGGACAUGAAUGGGAUCAUUCACCCCUGCACACACCCUGAGGACAAGCCUGCCCCCAAAAAUGAGGACGAGAUGAUGGUCGCCAUCUUUGAAUAUAUUGAUCGUCUGUUUAACAUUGUUCGUCCAAGAAGAGUUUUGUAUAUGGCUAUCGACGGGGUUGCCCCACGUGCUAAAAUGAAUCAGCAGAGGUCAAGGCGAUUCCGUGCUUCCAAAGAGGGGGUGGAGUUGCAGGAGGAAAAGAAGAAGGUCAGAGAGGAGAUCUACCAGAGGGGAGGAUAUUUACCACCUGAUGAAAUUAAAGAGAGGUUUGACAGCAAUUGUAUCACUCCAGGAACAGAGUUCAUGGACAACCUUGCAAAAUGUCUUCGGUACUACAUUGCAGAGAGGCUGAGCAACGAUCCAGGAUGGCGCAAUCUCACGGUGGUCUUGUCAGAUGCAAGUGUUCCAGGAGAAGGAGAACAUAAAAUUAUGGACUUUAUUAGAAGACAGCGAGCACAACCCAAUCAUGAUCCCAACACUCACCACUGCCUGUGUGGUGCUGAUGCUGAUCUAAUCAUGCUCGGACUGGCCACACAUGAGCCCAACUUCACCAUCAUCAGGGAGGAGUUUAAGCCCAAUAAACCAAGGCCCUGUGCCCUAUGUGGUCAAAUGGGGCAUGAGAUCAAGGACUGCCAGGGUUUGGCUCGGGAGAAGCAGGGGGAGCAUGAUCAGUUUGCAGACAGUGUACCAGUCUCGGAACAGGAGUUCAUAUUCAUCAGACUUUCUGUUUUGAGAGAGUACUUGGAACGGGAGUUAACAAUGGCCAGCCUUCCAUUCCCAUUUAAUUUUGAGAGAAGUGUUGAUGACUGGGUCUUCAUGUGCUUUUUUGUCGGAAAUGACUUUCUGCCUCACCUGCCCUCCUUGGAAAUAAGAGAAGGCGCCAUUGAUCGGCUGGUGGCCAUUUAUAAAGAUGUUGUACACAAAACUGGGGGUUAUCUCACGGAGAAUGGAUUUGUCCACCUGGAGCGUGUAGAGAUGAUCAUGCAAGCAGUUGGCGUGGCAGAGGACAAUAUCUUCAAAAAACGCAAAGAAGAUGAUGAGGCUUUCAAAAGAAGAAUGAAAGAGAAGAAGAAAAGGUUAAAAGCAGAACAGAGACCAGCCUUCUUGCCUACUGGGCAGUUUGCCCCUCAGGCCCUGGGCGGGAGGGCUAUACCCCAGCCUAUUCAGAACGCUCGACACACAGCCUUCGACAUGAGAAUGCAGGGAAUGGAUCAGCGCAAUAUGAAUGCAGCUCAGUCUUUGAAAGCCAUGAUGAUGAACGGCAACCAGUCUCGUGCAGGGCCUAGUGAUGGUCCAGGAACCCGGGGUGAGAAGAGAAAGGCAGAGGAUAGUGACAGCGAGCCUGAACCAGAAGACAAUGUCAGGUUAUGGGAAGAUGGCUGGAAACAGCGGUACUACAAAACUAAGUUUGACGUGGAUGCAAGUGACGAGACCUUUCGGCGCAAAGUGGUGAAGUCUUACGUGGAGGGUCUUUGCUGGGUCCUUAGAUACUACUAUCAGGGUUGUGCUUCCUGGAAGUGGUAUUUCCCAUUCCAUUAUGCUCCUUUUGCAUCCGACUUCAAAGAUAUUAAGGGCAUGUUUAUGGAGUUUGAGACUGGUACCAAGCCGUUCAAGCCCUUGGAGCAGCUAAUGGGUGUAUUUCCUGCUGCUAGCGGAAACUUCCUGCCAACAACAUGGCGAGCUCUCAUGACCAAUCCAGACUCGUCUAUCAUUGACUUUUACCCAGAAGACUUCGCCAUUGAUCUUAAUGGAAAAAAAUAUGCAUGGCAGGGCGUGGCUCUUCUGCCAUUUGUGGAUGAGCGUCGGCUGAGGGCGGCACUAGAGGAGGUGUACCCCGACCUCACUCCUGAAGAACGCAAAAGAAACAGCUUGGGCAGCGAUAUGUUGUUUGUUGGGAAGUCCCACCCUCUCUGUGACUUCGUAAGGGAGUUGUAUCUCACAAAACCAAGUGAGGGCACUGAGAUGCCUCCUGAGCUCUGCCAUGGAAUCCAAGGUGCAUUAAAUCUUGAUGAAGAGCCUAUUCUACCAGAUAACCCUGUAGUUUCUCCUGUUCCACUCUUGCGAGAUAUUGCUCAGAAUAGAGCAAUUGGGAUAAAGUUCAAGGAUCCUCAGUACGAAGAGGGCUUUGUGUUCAAGGCUGUAAUCCUACCAGGGGCCAAAAUACCUUCAAAGGUGCUUAAGCCUUCUGACUGGGAGAAGUCUAACAGAGGUCCUUGGAAACCACAGUUGGGUUUCAAUCCAAACCGACAGCAAGUCCACCUUGAUCAGUCUGCCUUCCGUGCACUCAGCCACAAUAUGAACAGGGACCGACCCAGAGAUGGCCUAUACAGCAAUGCCCCACCCCCUGGCAACUACCAUGGCGGCCCAUAUCGGCCCUCACAUGGCGGCCCUUCUCAUGGCCCAAUUAAUGCACACGUUCCACACUUCCCAAAUUCCAGGCUCUAUGACCCAUUUCAUGGGGCACAGCCAUCAUACAGUCUGCAGCCAUGUCCACGGCCACCGUACAGUAACCCAGGCUGGAACCGGGUGAUGCAGGUCCAAGGGAGCGCAUACCAGCAGAACCAACAUCGAAGCCAUGGGGGCCUGAGUGGUCCACCCCACUUUGAUGACAGCCGCGGACACCAGCAGGGCUACAACUCCGGAAGGCAUUAUCCACCUCCCGCUCCUGCAAGGAGAUACCACUGGGACUAGUCUGAACUUCGUCCUUGAAGAAGGGGUGAUCUCUACAAAAUAUGAUUUUUCUUACCAUUUUAUUUUUUUGUGUGGUUUCAUUUGUCAUGUAUUUUUUCCUCCUUUUAAUUGUACCAAAAUAUGUUCUUACACUGAAUUUUAAGAAGUUACAGCUGUAAAACUUGUCAAAUACAAACGCAUUUGGGAAA